UCCCCCACCAAACUCACACUACUAUGGACACCUCCAAAGCUUUCAAAUACCCAUUUUACUUUGAAAAAUCCUCAUCUCCUUUCCUAUCUAGUGUCAGUUGAUUCUUCGCGUCUGCACCAACUAAAUCGGAAGCUUAAUUCGAAAGAUGAGAGUAGGCUCGAGGAGGAUCAAAAGACUGAUUCUCGAUCCCUAAAGUUAGAAAGCUGGCUAGACUGCAAUCUAUGCCUAUGGAAGGAAAAGUCACGAAAAGCGAUCCAUAUGAUCAUAAAGAAAGGUUUGCCUAUGCGCCUUUCUAGCGUACGCGGGGUUCCUUUCGAUUGAAACUUGUCGCUACCUGGAUCAAUCAGCCUAUUCUAGUUCGCCUUGAGACUAACCCUAAAUUCCCAAGUACCCAAAUUGAUUGCUAACCCAAAACUCCCAAAUCCCCAAAGUCCCAAAAUCCAUUUGUUUUACUCAAAGGAGAUGAAGAACAGAGGAAUAAUUUAAAGGCAGCGAUUACAAGUGAAAAAAAUAUUUCAAUCGCGAGAAAUUUUCGACCCAAAAGGCAAUCUGUGAGAAAUCAACUUCAGGAUUUGGGAUCUUGUGAUAUUUUUACAGUUGUUGAUGAGGCUAAUAUACAUCUUACUAAGUAAUUUUUUAUUACAACCAGUCGAGGCUUGAAUUGAUAGAGAAUUGAGGAAUUUAAAUAGUCAUGGAUCAGGAAGCACACUCAAGUAAAAAUAAAAAAGUCAAAAACUGCAUUGCGGCUGGAUCACUUGCAUAUUUGCAAAACCAAAAGGUUUCGUCGUUGAAAACAAAAAGAAUUGUUCAAGGUUCAAGGUCAAAUGACAAGCAUCAGCUAAAUCUAGUCGACAAACAGCUUCCACAAUUAGGAGCUCAAGUGCAAGAACAGUUGUUGCAACUGCCUAUGCGUUCUACUUCUCCUCCAGCACAAACAGUACAUGAGGAAGCACAACAACUGCCACCACACUCUACCUCUCUUGCAUCACAAGCAGUGCGUGAAAAUUUGCAACAACUGCCACUGGAUUCUACCACUCGUACUUCACAAACGAUACAGGAACAAUUUGAGGAUUCUACCAAUCAUGAAACAAACGAACAAUAUGAGGAACAAGGUCCUUCUGCUGAAAAAAGAAAAAGAGGCAAAACUCAUAUGCCAGGCAUGCAUGGAAGGAAAGAACGUAAAAAAGUUGUGUUAAAUGAGAUGAAUCAACCCAUAGGUCCUACUGAAGAAGUUGUAAAAGAGUUGGGUAGCUUCCUCGUCACAUUGGCAAGGAGUGCGACAUUUUGUCCUCUUAAUGUGUUUAAUUGAAGGAAACUUGAAACAAAAGAAGAUAUGUGGAAAUACGUCAAGGUUUGAAGUUCGCAAUAUUCAAUAGGCGUGAAUGAUAUUUCAUAUUUUUUACACUAACCUAACUGCACCAAAUUUGUAGGAAAAAUAUGACAUUCCUGAAGCUGCGAAAGUAUGGGUUCUUGAAUCAAUUCAGAAUGCUUGGAGAAAGUAUAAGAAUACGUUAAUGAAAGAACAUUUUAAACCCUAUGAAAAUGACGAGCUUCGAAUGGAGAAAAGGUCGAUUGAUGUUUCGGAGUCUCAAUUUAGGGAACUUCUUAAAUAUUGGAAUUCUGAUUCCUACAAGGCAAAACUGAAUAUCUUUCGAUGAUUUGCUGAAAAUGUCUGAUUUUCAUUUAAUUAUAAAUCAUCUUGUUAGGGAAAAUCUAUUUGACUUUGCAAUAAUAAAAGUAUUCUUCAUGUUUAUUUCUAUAUGAGUGCUGCCGAAUGUUAGUUAACAAUGCUACACUUAAAGUGCCAGCGCUAGAUAAAAGCUUUUCAUGCUACAAUUUCAUUCAUUAUCAAUCUGUUUGUCACAACAGUGUUCGCAAAGUCAUUUUAUGGUAUUGAAAUAUCCAAUAGCAUUGGCCUAGAAAAUGCAGGUCAAUAACUUCAGGAAAAGUAUGGUGGAGGAGUGUUCCCCAUCCUUUAUAUUUGGGCUAUUGGAUUGUUGUCUGUUCAAAUCCCUUUUGCCCUGAUCCCCCGUCUUAGUCUUGUUCAAAUCCCUAAAGGUAUGUUCUUUUCUUCAAAAGUUUUGCUCAAGUGAACUGCUUUUACAGGUCAGCAUUAGAUAUAUUUCUUAUUCUUUUCGCCUUGAAUUUGGAGUUUAUCCACAAAAAUGUGAAACAUCAUUUCAUAAAAGUCAUCAUUUUUAAAACAGGUGGGGAUCAAUAACUUAUACUAUAAUUGUUUGUGAGGAAUAUUCUUAAAAGAUAAGGAGUGUUAUUUAUUAAGUUUCAGUGUCAAUGGGGAUUCUAAUAUAGAUACAGGGACAAUGAUUGAAAUUAGAGGUGGCCUCUUUUUCUACUCUCCCAUUCUUUUUUGAAAUGAUGCAAUUUUCUCACAGUUUAUAUGAAAUCCAAAUACUCUUAGGCCUCGACUGGAUCUGCUGGUACAUUUUGCUGAUUGUGUGGCCUUCUUCUUUCAGUGUGUUUUCGCUGACUUUAUAGUGUAUCAACAAAGUGUAGUACUAUGUGGGAUUUGUCUGAUUCACAUCAUUUUAGAUUUGUACUUGUUCGGGAAGAAGAAAUCUCCUGCAUUUUGUCUUGUCUUGAUCACUUGAUUCUAUUGUACGAAUACAUUCAAAGAAACUUCUAUAGGUGUAGUUAUGUAGAUUGCCAACAAAUCCUUGCCUAUUCAUUUUAUCAGCUUUUAGAGAUAAAAUAUUAAUCUUUGCCGGGGCAUAUCAUACUAUCACAUGUUUCAUGAGACAUAUAGUCCAUCAGGGCUUUUCAUUGUCUCUUAGAAUGGAUAUUUUGUUAGGGGGAUAUAGUUUCAUUGUGAUCCCUGUUAACAUUGGUACUUGAUUUAGAAAAACUUACUUAUAAGCAUGUUUUGUGUUACUUUAUGGCAGAAGGUGUCUUAGGUAUCAUAUUAAAGUAUGCUUCAUAGAUACAGCCCAUCCCCUUCCCCAAGAAAGAUGAAGAAAAACAGAAAAAUAGGGAGCUCCUCACCAUCUUUGACAGAAAGAGCUCUGAAGAGCUUAGACAACAGUUAAAAUUUAUCAUCAGUCUGCUACACCAAUCCAAGUACUUAUAAGUUAUAAGUACUAGCAUCAUAAUCUGAAUUUGGUUAACUGCCAACUUAUUGACUUGGUCCAUUCGCUAAAAUUUCAUUGACUCAUUUGUUUGCAGAAAAUGUCCAGAACCAAUAUCGAGAAUCGCAGAAAGUUGAGAUAUCUGCACACUACUGGCAAAACAAGUUUUGCUCUAAUCUGCGAG